AUGCCAAAAGCAAUUUUCCUCGAACCCAUCGAUGGCAAACCCGGCAAACCGGGACAAGUCUACUAUCCCAUUAUCCAAAAACCGGUCCUCCCACCAACCGUCAAAGGCAGCGAAAUCAUCAUCAAACUCUCAGCCGCAGCACUGAAUCAUCGCGAUCUUUUUCUCCGCCAACAUCUCUAUCCUGGAUUAUCAUUCGAUGUGCCUCUGGGCGCCGACGGCGUCGGCACAGUCAUCGAAGUAGGUCCCAACGUCCAGGAUAAAUCAUGGAAAGGUAAACGGGUAAUCUUGAACCCCGGAACGGGAUGGAAAGACCAUCCGGAUGGACCUGAAGAUCCGACUGGCUACAAGAUCCUGGGUGGAACAAAGUUCGAUUCUAGAGGCACGUUGCAAGAGUACGUUACUGUGGACGAGUCAGAGGUUGAAGAGGCGCCGUCGUACAUGUCCGAUGCCGAAGCUGCUGCACUCCCCUUAACGGGGUUGACUGCAUGGAGAGCACUGAUCACAAAAGCCGGGGAGAGGAAUUCGACCAAGGGUUCUGCUGUGUUGGUUACUGGUAUUGGCGGAGGUGUUGCGCUUAUGGCACUGCAGUUCGCGGUGCGAAGGGGAGCAUAUGUCUAUGUGACGAGUUCUAGUCAAGAAAAGAUUGAUAAGGCCGUGGAACUUGGUGCAAAGGGUGGUGUUAUUUAUAAGGAGGAAGGAUGGGAGAAGAAGUUACUUGCUCAACUUCCUUCUGGGAAAUUGGCUUUUGAUGCCAUUAUUGAUGGUGCGGGUGGUGAUAUUAUCGAAAAGGGGGUCAAGCUACUCAAGGCCGGCGGCGUGAUUUCAGUGUACGGAAUGACCGUCUCCCCCAAAAUGUCCUUCGUCGCACAAGCAUUCCUUAAGAAUAUCGACGUUCGAGGCUCAACGAUGGGCUCACGAAAGGAGUUCAAAGACAUGGUAGACUUUGUCAAAGCCAAUGAGAUCCAUCCAGUUGUCUCGAGGGUUCUAAAGACGAGCCUAGAUGAUAUUGCAGGUAUCAAUACCCUGUUUGACGACAUGAAGACUGCGAAGCAAUUCGGAAAACUGGUUGUACAGUUCGGGGAGGCGACUGGUGAUAGCAAGUUGUAA